AUGGAAGACAUAGAAAUAAGACUUUUAAAUUUAGAAUCAAGGGUCUGUGAAGUGGAAGACAAUCAAUCAAGAGACAAAUAUGAGGAACUAAGCAUCCAAAUAUGUAUUUUAGAAAAACUAGCCGAGUUUUACAGGCAACCAAACAUUCUUGAGCGUAUUGAAAAAUUAAAAACGAUUUUACAAAAGAAAUCGAACCAUACAAUCUAUAUUAACCAAGAAAGGACAAGCAAACUGGAUCUCAUCAAUGAAAAAAUAGAUAGGAUUUUGAACGCAAAUAUAUUUAUGAAUCAGUGUGUAUUGAGUCAGGGGGAGCUAAUUGAUGUCAUCGAGACUGGAUUCGAAACAGCACAACAGUCUACUUUACAGGUGUAUGACGAGUUAGACAAAUACAGAAGGUACAUCGUUAGAAGAAACAAACUUCUCAGAGUUGUCAUUGCUCUUGUUGUUAUUUUUGUGUUUUUGCUAGUUGUAAAACUACUUUAUUAA